GAUUUGCGGUUGUUCGUUUGCAGAAUAAGGUAAAUAAUUCGCUGUUCCUUGUUCCAAGCCUUGUUUCUGUUGGUUUCCGUUUUCCAUCAUGUCCGGCUACACAGAGGAAUAUCUGCGCCAGAAGCUGACCGAGCGGCUAGAGGCAACGCAUGUGGAGGUGAUCGACGAAUCGGACGGUUGCGGUGGCAAGUUUCGCGCGAUCGUCGUUUCAGCACAAUUUCAGGGCAAACCGCUUCUCCAGCGGCACCGCCUCGUGAAUGCUGCCCUCGCCGAGGAGCUGAAGACAAUCCACGCGUUUUCGCAGAAAACGUAUACCCCGGAGCAGUGGGCCAACGAGAGUAAAGACUAACCGCGCGCCUGUGAACCAACCAACCAACGCGAC